AUGCCAAAGCAUGGGCCUACAAGGGUCCAUGACCAAAGUCGUUGCUGUUCUAGUUGCUCUAUAAUGUUUUUGUGGUACACACAUCAUAUUUUGAGGCUACUCUAAAACUGAUACCGACCAGAGGAUGAUGGCAUCAAAGUUGAUUUCACAUGGGCCAAUGGUCGUAGUCUUCAUCAUAUUAUCUAUAUGCAAAGGCUCUGCUUCUCAGACGGCACCAACCAAUGCGGUUUACCAGGUUAACCAGAAUUCCUUCACUGUAUCAUGGUCACCCCCAUCAAACCCGCCAUUCCAGCCGACUGGUUAUCUAGUACAAUAUAGAGUAGGUGGAGUGGAUGGAGGAGAUUUUACAGCAAGUGACGUAACAACCAUUACAUUCCAAGGCACUGCUCCUGAUGCUAACAGCGUCUUGGUUGCUACUUUGUUUACUGGUUUUAAGGAGCUUGGUGCUGAGGACAUCGCUUCGGCUGUUGAGAUUCAGCAGGUACCGGACUCCUCAUAUUAUCAGAUUCACUUGUUGAACUUCAUCACUUUAUCCUGGUCAACCCCGCAAAACCCGACAGGAGUAUUCGGGUAUCUGGUGGGAUAUUCAGUAGGCGGAGUGGCCAAUGGCGAGACCAUCUUAGACAAUAUAGUGACAACGAUUACAUUUCAAGACAACAACUUACAGGGUAGAAGUGAUAUUGAUCCGAAUAGUGCAUUCGUUGCCCAUUUGGAUUCUAAUCAAGUUGAAAUUCCAAACACUCGGUCUGUGGCCUCACUGCCCCCUCAGAAUGGUGAGUACAAUCUGCUUGUUCUAAUUCAACAUUUUGUUCCCUUCCUUAUAUUUCUUAAAAUUUUCUUUGCAGUGAUACCUUCUCCUCCCGUGUCCGCUACCAUACAACGGACAUCCGACACGAGUUAUACUAUAUCCUGGUCUAGCCCGGGGAACGUCGAUGGUUAUGUCAUCUCAUACGCCGAUGGUGCAGUAGUCAAUUCUAUAGAGCUACCUGCAGAUAGGACAUCCGAACAGGUCCAGAAUCUUCAACCCAAUACAGAUUACACAUUUAACUUGUACAGUCAACGGAAUGGUAUCAGAGCUCAAGCUAGUCUCACUGAACUUCCCCCUGUGGUAACACCAAAAGACAACACUAUUUUCACCAUCGAUGACCGUGGUGAGGAUUUAAUCAACAUUGUCUGGGACCAUGACCCUACACAAGGCAUUAUAUCAUAUCACCCGACUCUCCUUCAAAAUGAUGGUGUCACCCUAGUACAAGAUGGAGGACUUAUUGGUGCCCCAGCAGGAGCUGCACCUCUUACACAUCGAUUCACUGGACUGGACCCGGGAACACAGUACACCGUUGAUAUUAACAUUGUGUCGAGUGCAAAUCCAACUACUGAAAUUGACUUUGCAAGUGAUUUGGCUUAUACACGACCUAAACCACCAAACAACGUACUCCUGUAUCCGCUCAGCCCAACUACCAUCUUGUUUACAUGGGAACGUCCCCUUCCACCAAAUGACUUCUUUAUUGACUACUUGGUGUCUGCUUCCAAUGUGAAUCUGGAUUUUUCUGUGCAGAAUGUCCUACCCCAAGGUGCUACCAGUAAUGCUAUACGUGGUCUUCAACCAGCUACUAGCUAUGACUUGAGCGUUCUUACCAAUAUUGAACCUGUUACAAGCAACUUCCCUGGAUUCACCGUUGUGCCACCAACUGCUGUUGCUGGAACUGUGAAUAUUGGGGCUGUUACAGCUCAAGAACUGGAGGUACUCUGGUCGACUGAUGGCAUCGCUGCCAACUCCUUCAGGGUUCUUCUGUUCAGUGAGGAUGGCUUACAGCAAUUUGAACAAAGUGUUCCAGCUGGAACCACAUCUGUAUUAUUUGAGAACUUGACACCGGAAACCCCGUACAUUGCUGUUGUUGAAGCUAUCAUUAGAGAUGUACUGACAAAUACAGAUCAAGCUUCUGUUGUUGGAUCAGAUGAAGCAACAACCAAUAGCCUACCAGGUACUAGCAGCGUUACUGUGGACAGCACAACUGGAAAUUCAGCAACGCUCUCAUGGACUUUUAACCAGGCAGCCACAGACUACUUAAUCUCUUACAUCAGUGCCGAUGGUUCGCAUACUGGUUCCUUUAACCCAGACGGGAACGGCAACACAGCUGUCGUUGUGCCUGGGCUUCAACCACAGACAACAUACACAUUCUCAGUGCAAGGAACAGACGGCACAAAUACGUUUAACGUCGGAUCAGCUGUAGGUACAACAGGUUUGGAUACGACGGUAACAUUGGAUUCAGUUACAGAUAGCACGGUUACACUUUCCUGGACAGCCAUAGAUGGUAGUACUUUCUACCAGGUUUUAUACAGGCCUACUGGCUCAACUCAACCGGAACAACAAAUGAUAGUUUCUAAUGGACCACAAAACACCCAAACCACACUAACUGGACUCACACCAGCUACAAUGUAUGAUAUUCGAGUUGUGGCUUUCCCGGGUGGUGGACCAUUGGAAGUUGGAAGCAUCACGCCAACAACAGGUAUUCUGAAUGAGGUUAUUGUGGAUUCGGUAACACCAAACACAAUAGCUCUCCGCUGGACGAAUUUGCCAGACAACAUUAAUUAUGAGAUAACCUACACUGCACCAGAUGGAACACAACGAGUGGUUUCCUCAGGCACCAACCCCAACAUCAUCCUUACUGGACUUAUUCCUGCCACUCAGUAUGAUAUCUCAGUACGUUCAACAUCUAACCAAGGACAGCAAUCAGCCGUUGGUACCACUACUGCUACUACUGUUCCAACACAAGUUACAAUAACUGAAACAACUCCAAAUUCAAUCAGCGCAAGUUGGACAGAGAUAACAGACGCCUUGACAUACCGCAUAGACUUUGUCAGUGCCGAUGGCCUACACACUGGGUCUAUCAAUUCACCUGUACCGCCGGCAGUUAUUGAUAGUCUACAACCAGGUACAAUGUACACAAUAACUGUUCUUGGUACUACAGUGGAUGGACAGACCAUCCCAAUUGGUUCAGCUUCUGCUACAACAGGUAUUGGCACGUCAGUCAAUGUGGGCCCAGUUACAUCAAGCACAAUUGCCCUGGACUGGACCCUUAUCCCUGAUACCAAUACUUAUCAGGUAGCUUACACUGGACCAGAUGGACAAGUGCAGCAGGCUUUGUCAACCACCCCUGACACCAUCCUUACCGGACUAAAUCCUGUAUCUCAGUAUGACAUCACAGUGAGGGCUAUUACUAACGGUGGACAACUGGUAGAUGUUGGCAUUACAACUGCCACUACAGGUAUUGACACUUCGGUCACUGUGGGUGCUGUUACACCAAACACCGUAGACAUCAGCUGGACACCUGUCCCUGGUACCAAUAUAUAUCAGAUAAUAUACACUGGACCAGACGGGCAGCAGCAACUAGGGCAGGUUCUUCAUCCCACCACUGAUUUCACCCUUACUGGACUUACUCCUGCAUCUCAGUAUGACAUCACUGUAAGGGCAUUUAACACUGAUGCUGGACAACAAACAGAUAUUGGCACUGCUACUGCAACUACAGAUACACUGCUUAAUCUGGUUGCCAGUGCUCAAAACAUCCAAACAACAAGCUUCGACAUCUUGUGGGAAGACAGACCCGAAUUCACUUAUACUAGCUACAUUGCGACAGUCAGUGAAGUAGGGGGUACUUUUUCAGUACAACUUCCAGCCACUGCGAAUCGUGAUGGUAGAAAUAUAGUAGUCAAUGCUGCGGGCCUUACACCCGGCACAGAAUACGAUGUUAACAUCCAAGGUGUGACCAGUACUGGAGUGCGUGAGGAUCAAGUCAAUUUCAAUGUUUUCACAAGACCAAAUCCACCCAUCGAUGGUCGCUUCACCGAGAUAAAUGGAAUGACAGUACUACUUGAGUGGAAUCCACCUGCUGAUGGGAGAAUAGAUGGGUAUGUAGUGAUACAUGGUGCAGAAACCCAGGAUCCAACUACUUUGACCCAGGCAAUUAUCCCAGUUGGUCAAACGGCAUACGCAAUCUCAGGACUCAAUCCUAUCAUACCCUCUACCAUAGGACUGGUAUCAUAUCGGCAUUCAACUGAUACAUUCAGUGAUUUUGCUGAGCUUCUUCAGCAACAAAAUUCUAACUUGGAAAUAAAUAGAGGUGAUAACCCAUGCGCAAGUAGACCAUGUAGGAAUGAUGGACAGUGUUUUGGUGUAUCAGGAGGCAGUUUCAGAUGUGAAUGCAUCAGUGGUUUCAGUGGUACUACCUGUGAAGUAAACACAGAUGAAUGUAACAGCUUUCCUUGUCAAAAUGGAGGGACCUGUACUGAUCUUCAAAAUGGUUAUAUCUGUCGCUGCCUUGCAGGAAUAACUGGCACAAACUGUGAGCUAAGACCCCAGCCCUGCGCCAACAAUCCUUGUUUAAAUGGUGCGACCUGUGUGGAAGUAUUUACAACCUUUUCAUGCUCUUGUCUUGCUGGCUUUACUGGCACGUUGUGUGAAACAGAUAUCGAUGACUGUGCACCAAUCAACCCCUGUCUCAAUGGUGGCACCUGUGUAGAUGCAGUCAACAGUUUCAUGUGUAGAUGCCAAACUGGUUUCUCGGGCACUAACUGUGAAAUAGAUAUAGAUGAAUGCAAUCCUGAUCCUUGUCAGAACGGUGUGUGUGUUACAAUUGCACCGGGAUCCCCCUUCACAUGCGUUUGUAAUCAAGGCUUCACCGGGCAGAAUUGUGAGACUGAAAUUAAUGAAUGUAAUUCGAUGCCCUGUCUCAAUGGCGGUACCUGUAUAGAUGCUCUGUUAAGCUAUACGUGCAGGUGUGCACUUGGUUUCACCGGAGUAAACUGCGAAUCUCAAACUGACGAGUGUUCCAGUCAACCUUGUCUCAAUGGAGGAACUUGUGUGGAUGGUGUAAACUCAUACGAGUGUAGAUGUCCAAUGGCCUUUGGUGGGAUAAACUGUGAAACAGAUAUCAAUGAAUGCUUAUCGGGACCAUGCAUGAAUGGUGCCACUUGCUUUGAUCAACUGGGGUUCUUCCGAUGUCAGUGUCCUACAGGGUACGAGGGACCAACAUGCACUACGGACAUCAUUGAAUGUGCAAGUACUCCAUGUCAGAAUGGCGGAACAUGUCUGGACUUCCCAGGGUUAUACAUUUGUAACUGUGUCCAAGGUUUCUCUGGUAUACACUGUGAAAUAAACGAUGACGAUUGUCGAAAUAACCCUUGCCUGAAUGGAGCUACUUGUAUAGAUGGAGCGCAGUCUUUCACCUGCAUUUGCCCAUCAGGGUUUUCGGGAACGACGUGUGCUAUGCAAUUGGACGCAUGUAACCCACCACCUUGUCAGAAUGGAGGAACGUGUAUCAAUCUUUUCCCAUCAUUCCAGUGUGUUUGCCCUGCUGGCUUCACUGGAACAAACUGUGAAAGAAAUAUUGAUGAGUGUCUUAGCUUUCCCUGUGCAAAUGGAGGAACUUGUAAUGAUGGUAUCAAUCAGUACGUGUGUUCAUGUACUGCUUCUUUCCAGGGUCCUAGAUGCCAAAUAGGAAGAAACAUACCAAUUACUUACACCCCAACGUCCACUACACUUACUUUUGACUGGCCUGCACACCCUGGAGUCGUUCAAUACCGGAUAUCUCUCCAAAAUCUAGAUGGGAGCCCAGCUGCUCCUCCCCAAACAGUUUUCCAGACAACCGCAUCAUUCUCUGGUCUUGACCCCACCACAACGUACAUAGUUUCUCUAGAAACAACUGCAGACGGUGUAGACUACAACCUCAGUCAAGAUUUUGGUACAACAGAUACACCACCAUGUGAUGUUGCUCGUUGUUUCUUCGGAGGGACGUGUCGGGAAGAUAGCACAGCAACGCGUGGUUAUACCUGUGAUUGUACAACUGGGUACACUGGUGACAACUGUGAACAAAACGAUGACGAUUGUCGAAAUAACCCUUGCCUGAAUGGAGCUACUUGUAUAGAUGGAGCGCAGUCUUUCACCUGCAUUUGCCCAUCAGGGUUUUCGGGAACGACGUGUGCUAUGCAAUUGGACACCUGUAACCCACCACCCUGUCAGAAUGGAGGAACAUGUAUCAAUCUUUUCCCGUCAUUCCAGUGUGUUUGCCCUGCUGGCUUUACUGGAGCAAACUGUGAAACAAGUAUUCUGAAUGACGUUAUUGUGGAUUCGGUAACACCAAACGCGAUAGCUCUCCGCUGGAUAAAUUUGCCAGACAACAUAAAUUAUGAGAUAACCUACACUGCACCAGAUGGAACACAACAAGUUAUUUCCUCAGGCACCAGCCCCAACAUCAUCCUUACUGGACUUACUCCUGCCACUCAGUAUGACAUCUCAGUACGUUCAACAUCUAACCAAGGACAGCAAUCAGCCAUUGGUACCAUUACCGCUACUACAGUUCCAACACAUGUUACAAUAACUGAAACAACUCCAAAUUCAAUCAGCGCAAGUUGGACAGAGAUAACAGACGCCUUGACAUACCGCAUAGACUUUGUCAGUGCUGAUGGCCUACACACUGGAUCUAUCAAUUCACCUGUACCCCCGGCAGUUAUUGAUAGUCUACAACCAGGUACAACGUACACAAUAACUGUUCUUGGUACUACAGUGGAAGGACAGACCAUCCCAAUUGGUUCAGCUUCUGCUACAAUAGGUAUUGGCACUUCAGUUAAUUUGGGCCCAGUUACAUCAAGCACAAUUGCCCUGGACUGGACCCCUAUCCCCGAUACCAUUACUUAUCAUGUAAUUUACACUGGACCAGAUGGGCAAGCGCUGCAGGAUUUUCCGACCACCCCUGACACCAUCCUUACCGGACUAAAUCCUUUAUCUCAGUAUGACAUCACAGUGAAGGCUAUUACUAACAGUGGACAACUGGUAGAUGUUGGCACUACAACUGCCACUACAGCACUGGACUCCUCAUAUUAUCAGAUUCACUUGUUGAACUUCAUCACUUUAUCCUGGUCAACCCCGCAAAACCCAACAGGAGUGUUCGGGUAUCUGGUGGGAUAUUCGGUAGGCGGAGUGGCCAAUGGCGGGACCAUCUUAGACAAUACAGUGACAACGAUUACAUUUCAAGACAACAACUUACAGGGUAGAAGUGAUGUUGAUCCGAACAGUGCAUUCGUUGCCCAUUUGGAUUCUAAUCAAGUUGAAAUUCCAAACACUCGGUCUGUGGCGUCACUGCCCCCUCAGAGUGUGAUACCCUCUCCUCCCGUGUUUGCUACCAUACAACGGACAUCCGACACAAGUUAUACUAUAUCGUGGUCUAGCCCGGGGAACGUCGAUGGAUAUGUCAUCUCAUACGCCGAUGGUGCAGUAGUCAAUUCUAUAGAGCUACCUGCAGAUAGGACAUCCGAACAGGUCCAGAAUCUUCAACCCAAUACGGAUUGCACAUUUAACUUGUACAGUCAACGGAAUGGCAUCAGAGCUCAAGCUAGUCUCACUGUACCACCUCCUCUGGUAUCACAAACAGCACCAACCAAUGCGGUUUACCAGGUUAACCAGAAUUCCUUCACUGUAUCAUGGUCACCGCCAUCAAACCCGCCAUUCCAGCCGACUGGUUAUCUAGUACAAUAUAGAGUAGGUGGAGUGGAUGGAGGAGAUUUUACAGCAAGCGACGUAACAACCAUUACAUUCCAAGGCACUGCUCCUGAUGCUAACAGUGUCUUGGUUGCUACUUUGUUUACUGGUUUUAAGGAGCUUGGUGCUGAGGAUAUCGCUUCAGCUGUUGAGAUUCAAACAAGUACAGACUCGUCAUACUAUCAGAUUCACUUGUUGAACUACAUCACUUUAUCCUGGUCAACCCCACAAAACCCGACAGGAGUAUUUGGGUAUCUGGUAGGAUAUUCGGUAGGCGGAGUGGCCAAUGGCGAGACCAUCUUAGACAAUACAGUGACAACGAUUACAUUUCAAGACAACAACUUACAGGGUAGAAGUGAUAUUGAUCCGAAUAGUGCAUUCGUUGCCCAUUUGGAUUUUAAUCAAGCUGAAAUUCCAAACACUCGGUCUGUGGCGUCUCUGCCUCCUCAGAAUGUGAUACCCUCUCCUCCUGUGUCUGCUACCAUACAACGGACAUCCGACACAAGUUAUACUAUAUCCUGGUCUAGCCCGGGGAACGUCGAUGGUUAUGUCAUCUCAUACGCUGAUGGUGCAGUGGUCAAUUCUCUAGAGCUACCAGCAGAUAGGACAUCCGAACAGGUCCAGAAUCUUCAACCCAAUACGGAUUACACAUUUAACUUGUACAGUCAACGGAAUGGUAUCAGAGCUCAAGCUAGUCUCACUGAAGUUCCCCCUGUGGUAACACCGCCAGACAACACUAUUUUCACCAUCGAUGACCGUGGUGAGGAUUUCAUCAACAUUGUCUGGGACCAUGACCCUACACAAGGCAUUAUAUCAUAUCACCCGACUCUGCUUCGAAAUGAUGGUGUCACCCUAGUACAAGAUGGAGGACUUAUUGCUGCCCCAGCAGGAGCUGCACCUCUUACACAUCGAUUCACUGGACUGGACCCGGGAACACAGUACACCGUUGACAUUAACAUCGUGGCGAGUGCAAAUCCAAAUACUGAAAUCGAUUUUGCAAGUGAUUUGGCUUUUACACGACCUAAACCACCAAACAACGUACUCCUGUAUCCGCUCAGCCCAACUACCAUCUUGUUUACAUGGGAACGUCCCCUUCCACCAAAUGACUUCUUUAUUGACUACUUGGUGUCUGCUUCCAAUGUGAAUCUGGGUUUUUCUGUGCAGAAUGUCCUACCCCAAGGAGCUACCAGUAAUGCUAUACGUGGUGUUCAACCAGCUACUAGCUAUGACUUGAGCGUUCUUACCAAUAUUGAACCUGUUACAAGCAACUUCCUUGGAUUCACCGUUGUGCCGCCAACUGCUGUUGCUGGAACUGUGAAUAUUGGGGCUGUUACAGCUCAAGAACUGGAGGUACUCUGGUCGACUGAUGGCAUCGCUGCCGACUCCUUCAGGGUUCUUCUGUUCAGUGAGGAUGGCUUACAGCAAUUUGAACAAAGUGUUCCAACUGGAACCACAUCUGUAUUAUUUGAGAACUUGACACCAGAAACCCCGUACUUUGCUGUUGUUGAAGCUAUCGUUAGAGAUGUACUGACAAAUACAGAUCAAGCUUCUGUUGUUGGAUCAGAUGAAGCAACAACCACAAGUACAGACUCGUCAUACUAUCAGAUUCACUUGUUGAACUACAUCACUUUAUCCUGGUCAACCCCACAAAACCCGACAGGAGUAUUUGGGUAUCUGGUAGGAUAUUCGGUAGGCGGAGUGGCCAAUGGCGAGACCAUCUUAGACAAUACAGUGACAACGAUUACAUUUCAAGACAACAACUUACAGGGUAGAAGUGAUAUUGAUCCGAAUAGUGCAUUCGUUGCCCAUUUGGAUUUUAAUCAAGCUGAAAUUCCAAACACUCGGUCUGUGGCGUCUCUGCCUCCUCAGAAUGUGAUACCCUCUCCUCCUGUGUCUGCUACCAUACAACGGACAUCCGACACAAGUUAUACUAUAUCCUGGUCUAGCCCGGGGAACGUCGAUGGAUAUGUCAUCUCAUACGCCGAUGGUGCAGUGGUCAAUUCUCUAGAGCUACCAGCAGAUAGGACAUCCGAACAGGUCCAGAAUCUUCAACCCAAUACGGAUUACACAUUUAACUUGUACAGUCAACGGAAUGGUAUCAGAGCUCAAGCUAGUCUCACUGAAGUUCCCCCUGUGGUAACACCGCCAGACAACACUAUUUUCACCAUCGAUGACCGUGGUGAGGAUUUCAUGAACAUUGUCUGGGACCAUGACCCUACACAAGGCAUUAUAUCAUAUCACCCGACUCUCCUUCAAAAUGAUGGUGUCACCCUAGUACAAGAUGGAGGACUUAUUGGUGCCCCAGCAGGAGCUGCACCUCUUACACAUCGAUUCACUGGACUGGACCCGGGAACACAGUACACCGUUGAUAUUAACAUCGUGGCGAGUGCAAAUCCAAAUACUGAAAUUGACUUUGCAAGUGAUUUGGCUUUUACACGUAAGCACGACUCUUUCUGAAUGUUGACUUAAUUGCCUUCAGAGUUUUAACCAUUAAUGGUGAUAGCUGGUUGUCUGGGAAGUCAAUGAUUUUUUUUCUGGAAAUAUCUUUCAAGCUUCCAUUAAAUUACAAAUGAUUUGGAAGCUAGAUCUUUUACAGACAAAAUACUUGGCAGAGUGCAGGAGUGUUGAAGGGGUAAAAAAUAACAAAAACAUUGUUUUGCUAAAAUCAUGCUAU